AUGAAUUUUAGCAAGUAUUUAUUUCAUUUUUACAUUGGAAAACAAUUUGUUUUAUUUGAGCAUGCAGCAGGUUAUGCUUUAUUUCGGGUUAAAGAAUUUGAAGAAAUUGGAGCUCAAUUGGCUCAAGUGGAAGCAAAUGUAACUGAGUUAAAUAAAUUUAACAGUGUUGUUAAAUUAAUCAGUUUUUCUCCUUUUAAAACUGCAGCAAAUGCAUUGGAAAAUAUAAAUGCCGUAUCAGAAGGAAUUGUCACUGAUGAUUUACAAUUAUUUUUAGAAACACAGUUGCCUAAAUCUGAAAAAUCUAACAAAGUAGUUUUAGGAGUUUCCGAUCCUAAACUCGGAGCAGGUAUUUCGGAGGCUUUAUCAGUGACAUGCAGUCAUGGAGGAAUUUUUCCAGAAGUUAUUAGAGGAAUAAGAUUUCAUUUUCACAAUUUGGUUAAGGGUUUUACUUCAAAAUCAUCAGCUACUGCUCAACUUGGUUUGGGACAUUCUUACUCGAGGGCAAAAGUAAAAUUUAACGUUCACAGAGCGGACAACAUGAUUAUUCAAAGCAUUGCCUUAUUAGAUCAACUAGACAAAAACAUUAAUACAUUCUCUAUGAGAAUCAGAGAAUGGUAUUCUUAUCAUUUUCCUGAGUUGGUGAAAAUCGUACCGGAAAAUUACACUUAUGCUAAAUUGGCAAAGUUUAUUAAAAACAGAAAAACAUUAACAGAUGAAAGUUUAGAAGGACUCGAAGAGAUUACAAUGGAUAGUGCUAAAGCUCAAGCAAUUUUAGACGCAUCAAAAUCAUCCAUGGGAAUGGACAUUUCAUCGAUUGAUUUAAUAAAUAUCGAAAUGUUUGCAUGCAGAGUUAUCGAUUUAUUUGCAUAUAGAGAAAAAUUAUCAUCCUAUUUAGGAAAUAAAAUGUCUGGUGUUGCUCCAAACCUUGCCACACUCAUUGGAGAUCAAGUCGGUGCAAGGCUCAUUGCUCAUGCAGGAUCUCUAACGAAUUUGGCAAAAUAUCCAGCGAGUACAGUUCAAAUUUUAGGAGCUGAAAAAGCUCUUUUCAGAGCUUUGAAAACAAGAUCAAACACUCCUAAAUAUGGUCUAUUAUAUCAUUCCUCAUUUAUCGGACGAGCAGGUACGAAAAACAAAGGAAGGAUUUCACGAUAUUUAGCAAAUAAAUGUUCUAUCGCAUCGAGAAUAGAUUGCUUUUCAGAUAUUCUCACAAACGUGUUCGGAGACAAAUUGCGGCAACAAGUCGAAGACAGAUUAAAAUUUUACGAAAAUGGGGAAAUCCCCAAAAAGAACAUUGACGUUAUGAAAGAAGCCAUUGUGGAAGCGAAUCAAGCCAUCGAGGAAGCAAAGAAAAAGAACAAGAAGAAAAAGAAAGAUAAGAAAAAAAGAAAACUUACGGAUGCGAACGAAAAGGAAAAUGAUGUCAAUGGCGUCGAAGGUAAGUCAAAAACAAUUUUUUUAAAAAACUAA